UCAUAAUCCCUUUUUCAGCUCAUCUUCAUGCUCCCAUUUUCCAUUUCCUUAUCAUCUUUUCUCUCUAACUUUCAAUCAUCUCUUUUUUUUCUCUCUAAAUUUCAAUACUCAGAUCCCCAAAUUAGCUAGCAUAUCAUUCAUCCAUUUAUUCAUUCUAGAUAUUCUCAGUUGAUUUUUGUACUUCUUCUAUUUGUCUCUUAUUUGCUUGAUCAAAAGUGUCAAAGAAACAAAAAAAUUCCUCUAUACCCAGAUCAGAAUCUUAUCCAAAGACGUUUAAUUAUUUUGGAAAGUGAGCAAAGUAGGUUGUGAAAAAAAUGAGUUUAGGUGCAGUUGAAGAGGAAACUAGGGAAAUCCGCUUGCCAGCAGAUGUAGAUUGGCAUAUGCUUGAUAAAUCAAGGUUCUUCUUUUUAGGAGCCGCCCUUUUUUCAGGGGUUUCGGCAGCUUUAUACCCUGCUAUUGUGUUAAAAACACGACAGCAGGUUAAUUUGGCUUCGAUACCAUGUUCGAAGAUGGCCUUCCUGAUGUUACGUCAGGAAGGCCCUCGUUCAUUUUAUAGAGGAUUUGGAACUUCAUUGAUGGGAACAAUUCCAGCACGUGCUUUAUACAUGGCUGCACUUGAGGUUACAAAGAGUAGUAUAGGGAAAGCAAGUGUUAGGGUUGGAUUUUCUGAAGCUUCAUCAACCACCAUUGCUAAUGCUGCUGCUGGUUUGAGUGCAUCCAUGGCAGCUCAACUUGUGUGGACCCCAGUUGAUGUUGUGAGUCAAAGACUUAUGGUUCAAGGAAAUUUUCCCAAAAGAGGUUUUUCAAGUAUACCCACAUCAAAUUACACAAAUGGGGUUGAUGCAUUUAGGAAAAUAUUGAGAGUGGAUGGAAUAAGAGGGUUAUAUAGGGGAUUUGGUAUAUCUGCUUUAACAUAUGCACCUUCAAGUGCUGUUUGGUGGGGUUCAUACUCUGUGGCAUAUAGAGUAAUGUGGGAUGGGAUUAGUUGUUACAAAUGCAAGUGGAAAAAUGAUGUUAAAAAUUGUGAAAAUGGCAAGAUUUUGGAGCCAAAUCCUUUGUGUAUGGUGGGUGUUCAAGGGGUAAGUGCAGCAUUGGCUAGUGGAGUUUCAGCUUUGAUUACUAUGCCAUUUGACACCAUUAAGACUAGAUUGCAAGUGUUGGAAGGAGAUCGAAACAGUCGAGGGCGGCCGCCUUCGGUGGCGCAAACGGUUAGAGAUUUGGUGAAGGAAGGAGGAUUUGCAGCUUGUUACAGAGGGUUGGGGCCAAGGUGGGCUUCAAUGUCAAUGUCUGCAGCUACAAUGGUCACUACCUAUGAGUUGCUUAAGAGAUUGUCUACUAAACACCAACACCAACUCAAUCUCAGUUAAUUUUAGUUUAGGAUUUUUCAAAUCUUUACUUCUUCACUUCUCCUGUUUAAUUUUAACAGAGGAAGUGAAUAGAAGUUGUAAAUAUAUUAGAAUUAAACUAUUAGUUUUGCACUUUUGCUAGAGCUAAGUUUGGGUGUACAUAGGAAAUGCAGCUUAUUUUGAUACAAAUAAUCCUCUUUUUUUCCUCA